AUGCGGCUUUUCAUCCUGGCAUUCAUCGCAACCAUUUCAGCGAAAACCCCCGGGGGCUUCACCAUCGACGGCGAAGCCCUCGAAGGCGUCCGGGAAAUCGGCGAAGACGUGGAGAACUUCGUCGUAGACGUCGCCAAAGAGGCUCUAAAACUCGGCGUUUUCAACGUCGAUUACCAGCAGGAACCCGAAGAAAACUCCAGCAGCAACACAAUCAGCAAAAGCGACGAAUAUACGAGGAAAAAACGAGACACUCCCGCGAAUUGUCGCCCCGAUCGCCUCGAACAGCAACAAAUCGAGGAGAUACAGCGAGAAGUAGCGCAAUUGAACCAGCUGCUGGGAAUCGUCAACGACCAGCAGGACGUUCUAUCGAUGUUAGACCGAAACGGUGGGAUUCCAGCAGGAACGGAUCCGGCUGUUCUGCUCAAAGUCCUCGAGCACAUCAACAAUAACCUCGACGAAGGCGGCGCCGACGCUGCGCUGCCCACUUACAAGAAACUAGAGAACUUAAAGUACGAUUUGCAGGAGAUAUCGGCCCGUUUGAACCGAACGAAGGCCGUGUUCGAGCAGCAGAAGGUCCAGGAAGCGGCGCUGCAGGUGGAGCUGGCCCAGCAGAAGCGGCAGACGGCCCGUUUGAACAAACUCAUCGAUAAAAUCGUGAAGAAAGACGAAGAUGGUAUCGUGGGGGCGCCGAAAUCGGAGCCCAACGGCACCCAACCUCGAACGAGCAGCCUCUCCGACCUCCUCGAUGAAUCGGACAAGCCUAAAACUAGAGAUUUGAAAUCGGAUCUCGCCGAAUUCCUCACGAAAUUAGACCAGAAAGAUAACAAUAAAGAUACACCAAGUGACCAAGGCAAACCCACUUCCAGAGGCUUCACUGAAGACGACGUGGUGUUCCUCAAGAAACUCAUCGAGCAAAACAAACUCUCCGAUAAACCCGAAGGUAAAGCUAAUAACGAUAUCGAAGAGGAAUUGAAGCGGCUGGAAGUGGCUAUAAACAAACUCAAACCGAGUCCGGGGUUGAACGUUGUGGAUAUACCGAGUGGUAAAGAGGACUACAAAGGCUCCGGGGUUACCCUUACAACCGAUCAAAUAGUGGAUUUGCGCAGGAAACUGGACGAAAUUAUAAACAUGCAAGCCAAAAAGGACAUCAAAAAUAUCCUCUCCAUCGGUGAAUCGACGCACGUUUCUGAUGAUAGGAAGGGUUUGUAUCCGUUUGGGAAUCCAUUUUGGUACCCGCAGAAUAUUCCACCAGUAACACCACCACUGGAUUAUUCCUAUUUACCGAGCAUGUACAACCCAUUUUACCCGCCUUUCAUGUACCCCCCUGUUAACCCAAACAAGGGUUAUUACCAGCCGAGCUACGAGAGCUUCGAGACUCCCCCUUACGCGGAGCCUCCUGCGCUUGAAGAGGAAACUAAGGGGCAGGAUCCCAGAGAAACUCCAGCGGAAAGGAACGCUGAAGAAGGACCAAUCGAUAGAGGUGCUGCUGUGAGCGAUAUAAAAGAACAAAUAGCGGAUUUGACGAAGGUUAUCGAGAGCAUGAAGAACGAAGCGAAACUCGGGACGUUCGGAUACAAUCCGAUUUUGAAUGUGUUAGAAAAAGAAGUUAGCGAUUUGAAAGGUAUCAUUAACAAAUUGACCGAAGGAAACGAGCCUAAUCAGGUCGCUCAAAACCCGCCGAGAAUCCGAAGAUCGUUGGAAAUUAAACCGCAACCGGCGAAAAUCGACGAUGUGGCCGAAGAAAUGAGGAAAUACCUCGAACCGGUCCAAACCAAAAUCCCCGAAGAAACCAAACAAACCAAACAAACCGCCCAAUACGACGAAGUGGUGAAGAAAAUCAAUGCGCUAAAGACCCGGUUAGGUCUACCGCCCAUCGCCAGAGCCGGGGAUUCCUACAAACCACCGGGGAAUUACAACCAAGGUUACGGGACCAAUAACAACCUCAUACCGAAACCUUUAGUACCUAUAACUCCGGUAAUUCCCCAGCAAAACGACCUCCUCUCCGACAUCAUCGUGAAAGCCUUGGACAAAAUCAUCGCAAUAAUGCCCAAAAUAUUUGCCAAAUUAUUCGGUGACAGUUUAGAAGGUUUAGUAGACACUGUAACUUACGAUAAAACCUACUAUUACAACAACAACGACAACAAUAAUUACGGAGUAAGUUAUGAUAACAACAACAACAACAAUUUACUGGCGGUUUUCUACAAGAUGGGCGCCUUCGGGUACGUUCCUCUGAUAGUACUGAAGCUCCUGGGGGCUUGCUCGACGUUCCUGCGGAUCCUGAAGAGCAAUCCGUUCUACAGGAACUUCCUGGUGCCGGGUUUGGUGCUUCUGAUGGUCUCGGGGGCCGUGGUUUUCUUGAUAUGGUGGUUGAAAAUCGACGAGGACGGGUCGAUGAUGACGACCAGGCAAAUCGAAACGUCGGAUACCCGGUUGAACUUGGAUAGGUACAAUAGGUACAGGUUUUUGUACCCUGGUACCGAUUAUUAUUAUCGUAAUUACGGGAAUUAUUAUUAUCCGGGGAAUUUCUAUCCUUACCAUUCGAAAUCGAAAGAUGCGGAUGGCGGAAAGGUGUUGGAUGAUGUUAAACCUGGGGGUUAUUUUAGAUCGUACUUUGAGACGGAUUCUCGCAAAAAAGUCGAUUGA